AGUUUGAAGCUACAUUCGGUGACACAGACAAAUCCAGAACAGCCUCAAAUAAAAUUCGAAAACUUACCCAAGGAUCCAGGCCAGCUUCUAGUUAUGCUUCUGAAUUCUGACAAAUCGCUGGAUUUGCUUCUUACCGUUGAAGACUCUACCUUCCUAAAUGAUGCCAUUACAAAAGCAGUUAGAUAUAAUAAUCGUUCAACAGUCUCUGUCGGAGUGCCCAUGCAAAUAGACACCAUAAGAUUCAAGCCACUGUCUGAGGAGGAGAAGAAAUGA